ACAGCGUGAGAAGAAAAAAAGCUCCUUUGACGUCAGCCACGUUAGAAUUCAGUAGUCCAAGAUGGCGGAGGUGAGCGGGUUGAGGAGCAGAAAUCACUUCGAACCCAACUGCAAAAGCCGAGUCGCUGACGAAGGCUUGAGUGGCGUGGAAGAUGUCCCCAUUUAUCGGCAUAAGAAGAGGCCCCCUUUAGCCAGACCCGAAGACCUAGAGGAUGAAUUGCCCCCCAGGGCCAUGGCCUCAAACUCGGGCAAAAAUGCCAGCUUCACCCCCUCACCAGAGGAGGAGACUCAGGAAGAAGAACCUGUUGUAGAGGAAGAGAAGGCCAGGCCCAUCCAGAUCGUCCUGGCCAACGAAGAUGAGCACAGCUUUGAGCUGGACGCUGCAGCUCUGGAGAGGAUCCUGCUGCAGGAUCACGUGAAGGACCUGAAUGUGGUGGUUGUUUCUGUGGCUGGGGCCUUCCGCAAGGGCAAAUCCUUCCUGCUGGACUUCAUGUUGCGCUACAUGCACAGUCAGGGUAAGUCAUGGAUGGGAGGCGAUAAUGAGCCGCUGACAGGGUUCACCUGGAGAGGAGGCUGCGAGAGGGAAACCACAGGAAUUCAGAUCUGGAGCGACGUCUUUGUGGUCAACAAGCCUGAUGGCAGCAAGGUUGCGGUGCUCCUUGUCGACACUCAGGGAGCAUUUGAUAGCCAGUCCACCAUAAAGGACUGUGCUACUGUGUUCGCCCUCAGCACAAUGACCAGCUCUGUGCAGGUGUACAAUCUCUCCCAGAACAUACAGGAGGACGACCUGCAGCAUCUGCAGCUCUUCACAGAAUAUGGCCGGCUGGCAAUGGAAGAGAUCUACCUGAAACCUUUCCAGUCCCUGAUGUUCCUUAUUCGGGACUGGAGUUAUCCUUAUGAACACGACUAUGGACUUGAAGGAGGCAACAAGUUCCUGGAUAAAAGACUGCAAGUGAAACAGAACCAACAUGAAGAGCUGCAGAAUGUGAGGAAGCAUAUCCACUCCUGCUUCUCCAACAUCGGCUGCUUCCUGCUGCCACAUCCAGGCCUCAAGGUGGCCACCAACCCGAAAUUUGACGGCAGGCUGAAAGACAUUGAUGAUGAUUUCAAGAAGCAGCUGGCCAAGCUGGUGCCUCUGCUGCUGGCUCCAGAAAGACUGGUGGAGAAGGAGAUCGGAGGCAACAAAGUCACCUGCAGAGAUCUCCUGGAGUACUUCAAGGCUUACAUAAAGAUUUACCAAGGGGAGGAACUGCCUCACCCAAAGUCGAUGUUGCAGGCGACAGCAGAAGCAAACAACCUGACUGCUGUGGCAGGAGCCAAAGACAUAUACGGCAAAAACAUGGAGCUGGUCUGCGGUGGGGAUAAGCCUUACAUCGCCCCGACCGACCUGGAGCGCUGCCAUGAGGAGUUCCGCGAGCACUCUGUGCGUUACUUCCGCUCCGUGAAGAAAAUGGGCGGCGAUGAGUUCUGCCAGCGCUACCAGAACCAGCUGGAGGCCGAGCUGGACGAGACCUACAGCAACUUCUCCAAGCACAACGACGGCAAAAACAUCUUCUACGCAGCACGCACACCCGCCACGCUCUUCGCAGUCAUGUUCGUCACCUACGUGGUGUCCGGGGUGACAGGCUUCAUCGGGCUGAGCACAUUAGCAGUGCUGGCUAACCUGGUAAUGGGCGUGGCGCUGCUGUCACUCUGCGCCUGGGCGUAUGUGAAGUAUUCUGGAGAGUUUCGGGAGGUGGGAACGAUGAUAGAUCUGGUGGCCGAGACACUCUGGGAACAGGUUUUGAAGCCACUAAGUGAACAGUAUAUGGAAGACAACAUCAGACAGUCGGUGGUUAACUCUAUCAAAGCCAGCUUGACAGAGCAGGGCUCGCAGCACACCAAGUUAAAGACUCACUGACGCUCCUCCUCACCUCCCCUGUCAUGUUCAUCGCCCUCCUGCCCACUCGCUCAAUAUGUUCAAUCCUAGAACUGUGGAACUAGUUCAACACCAAAGCUGACCCUGGUUUAUUCCCCUCCCCCUGCCCUAAACGUCCACCAUCACAAUGCUGCCCACCAUCGUUAUUAUUCGCUGUUGUGGACCUGUAGGCUCGCUGUCUGCCUUGCUCUUCAUCGCCCCCUAGUGCCUCAGAGCAGAAACUGCACGUUCAUGAGAGGACCCAGCAGAAGAGCCGGCUUUCUUGCCAAAACAGGACCUGAAGGACUGUCAUCUUCUCUAGUGUGCCAUGCUGCAAUAGAUGCAUCUUGUGUUUUAAUGCAUACUGUAGGCUCACACACAUAUGUAUAUAUAUUUGCUGGUAGUGGACUGCACUGGCUUCAGGAUUGAGCUGUAAUUCAGGGAAAACUGACACCACCGUGUGCAGCUGUUAUCAAAUAUCGAUGCAAACUGAAACACUUUUUUUUUUUUUCUGUGCGUUUAAUCGUUUUGUCUCACAGGCCAGAGGUCAGUUUACUUUCUCUUCAGCCUGUUUAUUAUUAAGGUUUCCUACAAGCACAAGUGACUGAGCGACUAAUAAUGAGGUGAUUGUCGUUUUCGUGUUUAUUUAAGUAAAAUCAGGAAACCGAUUUAAUUGAUGAAGUGAAAGUAAAUUGAAAACCCUGUCAUGGACUAGCUGGAGAGGCUUUUUUAACUGUCAGAUUUUCAGUGUGUCUUGCUAAAUUAAUCUGAGUGCAGGAAAUUAAGCGAAACUGCAUUUUUUUUUCUUAUGAAAAACUACCAGUUCACCUGCCUGCAUCCAUUCAUUCAUUCAGUCUCUCGCACUAACCAGGUAACAUAACUAGACUCUGGGCUCAGGUUGCUUCUCGACGUCUUGCUGUCUUUACCCUUUAAUGUUUUGUGAUCCUGAAGGGAACUGUAGGAAGCCUCGAGCCUCUCAGCUGUUUUUUGACGUGUUUUUAAUUUAGGACUGAUGAUGUGUUUUUAUCUGGCCUUUAGUGUCUCGUAGCAGACCUGCCAGUGUUUGGCCCUCUGCAUGGUGUUAAGAGCUACUGCGUUGUAGCAUUUAAGCGAGCUAAGAGCUUUUAUAGCCUAGGCCUCUAUCGUAGCCAGGGAGGACUGUUUGAACCAUUUUCUCUUUCACUGCCUUUCAUCAAAGCCACAUUAGCUCUGGAUGUUUCUGCAUUUUAGGACCUUGACUCUUGCUUUUCUUGGGAGUUAGAACAUAUUAUUUAGCUCAAAUCCUUUUUAAGGAAUAGUUUGACAUUUUUGAAAAUGUGGGAUGAAUAUGAAGCUACAGACAGCAAAGUAAUUACCAUUUUACAUCUUGUUAAAGAUCACUACAAGGAGUUUUAAACUGAUUAUUAAACAGUCUCUCAGUGGAGCUCACUGCCUGCUUCCUGGGAGCCAACGCAGACACAAUGCUGCUUGGGGCUGUAUUGGUGGGCCAACCAGGACUAAGAGAGGCUGUCAAAGCCUGCUGCAGUAAAAUUAGAAGUUUUUUUUAAAAGGAGUCUGAUGGUGGCAGUGAUGCUCAUGGAAACACUACUGCUUUUGUCCACAGGGUCGCCAAAAUCAACACAGGAUGAAUGUUGUAGUAAAACUAACCUUGAACACAACCCAAAGUGCAAAGAAAAUGCUUUUGUACGCAUUAAAUGUGUAAAUUAGUGACUUUUCCAGUCCUUAUGCUAAGCUAUGCUAGCUGGCUGCUCCAGCUUCAUAUUUAAACAUUUUUAUCUAAAGGGAGACGGUGAAUAAGUGUAUCUCUCAAAAAUGUUGAAGUAUUCCUCUUACAGACAAACUAUUGUUUCCACUCCCAAAAUCAUCCUGAUAAAACGUUAUUUCUCCACAACAGGGACUUAAUGUUGUUAAAUAGACUAAAGCCUGACCCCCUUCUUACUUUGUUCAACAGCUGCAUCACAUGCGUCUCACACGUCUGAGCUCUUCUUCUUCAUUGAUUCCAUCCACAAUACUUCUCACCUCAAGCGCCAGUCUCAUACUGUACAGUCUCUCUUUUUCUGUGUUCACAUAUUACAAAUCGGGCAUGUAUGUUGGAUUAAAUAUUUAAAUAAACUUUGUAUACGUUUUAUAGUGAAUCAGUUGAUGACGGCUGUUUCUUUUUCUUCUUGAUCAACUUAACAACGGUCUGGUUUGUUUCCGAAUAAGUUGCUGCUGUAGGGUUGACACUAGGAAAUACGGACGUUAAUAGAAACGUGGUGUGAAUAUUUGGAUUCUGAUAGGAAAAUCUUUUGUGAGAGUGGGUUGGAGACAAUGUAUGUCUGCCUUUUAAAGAUAUCUCCGGUAAUUUAUUUUUGAAUAAAAUGUUUACCUUAAGAAUAAAUCAUCAAAUACAA